AAGUCGAGAUCGUUUAUUGUUGUUACUUUGUGCCGAGUGGACUGACGCAGGUUGGUGACGAAGCCAUGCUCACCCUUUUCGUUCGUGUGGUCCAGCUCAGCAUUCCUUCACAAUCACAACUCCUGAAAAUGCUCUCUUUUCAAAAUGAAAAUAAAAAAUACAACAAUUGUCACGUGGACUAAGUCUGAGUAAGUAGCAUCAGCUUCCGUCGAGUUCGUCCUCAAUUAAUUCUAUCUGUGAAUCAUCCGACUGAGCACGCGAUGACCAACAAUACUUGCACAACACCCAAGUACUUCUUCUUCCCUGCUACUCACAUAUGCUUUUCAAAAUAACAACAAAAGUUUUAACAACAAAAGAUCUUCAUCGACCGUUAUUUCCACCUGUCUAUGUAGCCACAUUAUGAAAUUUUGAAGUGGUUUGUGGAGAUGCUUACUUGAUCGGAUCGAGAUAUAUGUCGAUGCACUGAGACCAACUUCACUAUCCUGUUUUAUUAAGCACAAAACCGAAGCUGGUGGUGCAAGCUCGUAUCGUGCAGCGACGAUAAAAAUGUGAGUUGCAUCAUCAAGAUACAUGAGAUUCGCUUUUAGAUUUUGUUGUCGUCGUCCAAAAGUGCAAGUUGUCCUUUCAUGUCAGUUGUUUUGUUUGUAUGAGUGCGGUAGUAAGCAUUUUCUCAGUGUCAACGAUAGCUGGAAUAUUAGCCCGUUACAUCUACUCCAACAGAGUGUGACAACUACAUGCAGAGAGAAUGGAAAAGCAAUGACUAAUGAAUAGGGAGAACAACGCGAUGAAAGAGAGUGAGAAUAAAGAGAUGUGAGUUCUACACGUGAGCUGAAGACAUGGACACAUCAGUUUUCUUCAUAAGUAAAUUUUACACGAAAAACUAUUGGUUUUUGUGAAAUGUGUAGCGAGCUUCAGAAACGUUUAUACUAUUUGUAUAACUAUAAUACAGGCUUAAAAUAUUUGUGCAAAGUUCAAGAUAGUUUAAAAAUUGGCUGAAUUGAAGGCAUGGACACAUCAGUUUUCUUUUCUUGUUCAUCAUUGAUCAAAUAUAGUAUUUUGACUCACAGUUAUCGCCUCCUCCUAUGACCGCUUGGUAGCUGAACAACUCAAUAAAAUUCUAAGUCAUGGUUUAGCAACCGCAUUCAGUGAAAUAUUAAAUGAAAGUACAACUUCAUUAAUUGGUAUGCGUGAUUAUUAUUCAUUAAUAAAAAGUGUAGCUAAAGAUGUUGGAAAAUAUAAUUUAAAUGAAGAUGAUAGUAUUCAAAUAUUUACAAUAAUAAAAAAAUAUAUGAAAAAGUAUUUUGAUCAACUACGUUCAUUUGAUAUUUCACCACACGAAAAAAUGUGGAUAAAAUUUUGUAAAGAAACAAAUCAUAUAGAAUUAUUAGAUAAAAUUCAAUUGCCUACAACGAAAUCAUCAAUUGAUAGUAGUAUUCAACAGAUAGAUGGACGAUAUUUAAUGUUAAUUAUUGAUAAAUGUUGUGUACAAGAUUAUUUUGAGUCAUACAUAAUUCAAAAAGAAGUAGAAAAUAACAGAUCAAAUGUUUUUACAUUAAUAGGAAGUCAAAUGGCAUUAGAUAUAAAUAAUAAUACAUAUGUUUAUCAUACAAUAAGUGAUAGUAUUUUAAAUAUUGAGAAUGGUUCAAUAUUAAUAUUAAAAAAAAUGAAUAAUAUAUAUAGUAGUUUGUACGAUUUAUUUAAUCAAAAUUUUAUACAAAUUGAAGAUAAAUAUUAUUGUCGUAUUGCAAUGGGAAAUUAUUUGAAUCCACAAUGUCAUGUAAAUAAAUUAUUUUAUUGUGUUAUAAUUAUAGAUCAUAAUGAUUUUAAACACGCUGAUGUCACAUUUUUAAAUCGAUUUGAAAAACAUAUUAUUCAUCUUGAAAAUAUUAUGGAUAAUUGCCAUUUAUCAACCGUUAAAGCCAUAUUAGAUUGGAUUGAAUCAUUUAAAAAUAUCAAUCAACAACAUUAUUUUACUUAUCAACAUUUAAUUGUUAAUUUUAAUCAAGAUUAUUUAGCCUAUCUUGUAUUAAAAGCAUAUGAACAUUAUAACUCAAU